GUGUCAAAUUUAAAUGUGUAUUUAUAACGAAUUUUCGUUUGUUUGUGUAAACUGAAAUGUGAAUAUUGUUUCUACUUUGCAAAUACAUGAUUAAUAAAUUAACCAGCCGAAUCUUUAGUUAGUGAAGUGUAAUGAUAGAAUAGUAUCAACGCGAAAUUAGAAAUGGAUCAAGAUGACACCCAGAGUAACAAACCUGUUGAUGCCGCGGCCAAGUGAAAGGAAGCGCAGGUCAUCAAUAUUGAAAAGUCAAAGACCGAUUCGAACUCCAUUCUCUGAGCUUGAAUUUAAUGUUGCUACACCCACUGACACAACAAAGAGCCGUCGCGUCAGUUUCUCUAAAAGGACUGGUGUAGCGGAAUUCGUUACAAACGAAGGUACUACUACUUGGAAAAAUUUCUAUGAAGAACAUAACAAGUCGCUAGAAACCUCUGGAAAUGAUGCUUCAAAAUGUCAAAGACCUCAAUCUAUUGGUCAAUUAGGUAGACAUAUUUUUGACCAGCAGUUUGAAGAAGUUGAAGCUAUAGAUUUUAGCGGAACAUUCCUCCCGACACAAACACUUGCACAACAAUUACAUAACUCCCUAAAUGUCAAUAUCACUCAGCAGCUGGCUGCAUUAGAAUGUACUGGGGAGAAACUUGCAAUUCCACAACAAAACUUUGAGUUGAGUGAACUAACUGACCAGAGAAGCAAACUUUUUAAUGAUGAUCUCACCAUUCCAGCUAUGGCAGAAAUGUCAAACCAAAUGAAUGUUGACUUUUCUGCUAUGCAUAGUAAAUGUGAUGAUCUAGAUGAAAUUCAAAAAGAUUUGAAUAGAGUGCAUCAAAAUGUUGUUGGAUCUGCUAAUUUCGGAAAUGUCUCUGAAUAUAUAGAAGUUGACCUCAAUAUGACCAGUGUUGGUUUAAGGAAUGAUGAUGAUAUGUCUAUAACUGAGACAGUCCAAAGCCCGAAAGUACAAGAAGUAGUGAAGUCUGUAUCAAAGAAAUCAAUUACAAAGUUUAGUUUAGAAGAUAAAGAGAAUAUAGCUCUUAAUCCAUAUGCACCAAUUUGUGAAAGUGAAAAUUUUGCAGUAGAGGAAAAAAGUGAAGUAUUAGUUUUUGAUGGCAAAAAAUUAACUGUACAGAUUGAGAAAAAAAGUAUUUGUGCACCUAUAUCUGUGCAAUCACAACCAAGAAAGACAAUAAUACUUAAUAUUGAUGAUGAUUUACCUAAUUUCAUAUCAGAUCCAAAACCAUCUUUAAAAUUACAAGAUGAUAAUCAAGAAAACCUGGAUGAUGUGUCUAGACGUAGGACAACAUUGUUUGAAGAUAAAUCCAUGGCCCAGGCUUUACCUGGUAAAGUUAUUGAAGGUAGGAGACAGACAGUUAUCUAUAAUAAUGACUGUAAUAUGUCUACAACUGAAGCUAUACCUGUAAACAUUAUUGAUCAGAAUGAAGCACAAACUAACCCAGAUAGGAGAAGGACAAUUAUCUACAAUGACGACUGUAACAUGUCUACAACUCAAGUUAUAUCUACAAAAAUAUACAAUCAAGACCAAAAAGUAUUGCAGAAUAAUGCAGAGAGAAGAAGAACUAUUGUCUAUAGUAAUGAUUGUGAUAUAUCUAUGACACAAGCCCUAUCAAGUAAUGUAAUUAUUGAUGCCUGCACUGCACAGGCAAAAGAAAAGAGACAAACAAUUGUCUUUGAAAAUGGUGGAGAUUUAUCAUUAACACAGGCUAUACCUGCUACAGAAGUUAUGCAUAACAAAGAAAAUCUUUCAGAGGCUAAGGUAGAAAAGCGACGAACUAUUAUUUUUGAAAAUGAUGGAGAUAUAUCAUUAACACAGGCUAUACCAACUAUGGAAGUUAUGCAUAACAAAGAAAAUCUUUCAGAGGCUAAGGUAGAAAAGCGACGAACUAUUAUUUUUGAAAAUGAUGGAGAUUUAUCAUUAACACAGGCUAUACCAACUAUGGAAGUUAUGCAUAACAAAGAAAAUCUUUCAGAGGCUAAGGUAGAAAAGCGACGAACUAUUAUUUUUGAAAAUGAUGGAGAUUUAUCAUUAACACAGGCUAUACCAACUAUGGAAGUUAUGCAUAACAAAGAAAAUCUUUCAGAGGCUAAGGUAGAAAAGCGACGAACUAUUAUUUUUGAAAAUGAUGGAGAUUUAUCAUUAACACAGGCUAUACCAACUAUGGAAGUUAUGCAUAACAAAGAAAAUCUUUCAGAGGCUAAGGUAGAAAAGCGACGAACUAUUAUUUUUGAAAAUGAUGGAGAUUUAUCAUUAACACAGGCUAUACCAACUAUGGAAGUUAUGCAUAACAAAGAAAAUCUUUCAGAGGCUAAGGUAGAAAAGAGACGAACUAUAAUUUUUGAAAAUGAUGCAGAUUUAUCAUUAACACAGGCUGUACCUACUAUAGAAGGUAUUCAUAACAAAGAAAAUCUUUCAGAGACUGAGGUGGAAAAGAGACGAACUAUUAUUUUUGAAAAUGAUGGAGAUUUAUCACUAACACAGGCUAUACCUGCUAUAGAAGUUAUGCAUAAUAAAGAAAAUCUUUCAGAACCUAAGGUGGAACAGAGACGAACUAUUAUUUUUGAAAAUGAUCAAGAUUUAUCAUUAACACAGGCAAUACCUGCUAUAGAAGUUAUGCAUAACAAAGAAAAUCUUCCAGAGCCUAAGGUAGAAAAACGACGAACUAUUAUUUUUGAAAAUGAUGGAGAUUUAUCUAUUACACAAGCAAUUCCAACAGAUAUCAUAAAUAACAAAGUACCAGUAGAAACUAAAGCAGAAGGAAGGCGAACUGGAGUCUUUGAUAAUGACGGUGAUAUAUCAAUAACACAAGCUCUCCCUACAAAUAUAGUUAAUACCUUAAACACAGAAAGUUUAGCAAAGUCUGAUGAAAAGAGGAAUACUAUUGUGUAUGAAAAUGAUGACAUAUCUACACAGCCAGCUGUGUCUACGCAGUUAUUAGUUACUGAUAAUAAACAUGAAACUACAAAUAAAAGAAGAACUAUUGUACAUGAAGAUGAUGGUGAUAUAUCAAUGACGCAAGCUGUUUCAGCGAAAAUAUAUCAAGGUGACAAUAAUAUAAUAAAACCAGUUCCUAGUGAAAUUCCUUCACAAAUAGAUAUUAAUACUCAAAAUAAAAUGCUGCAAUAUGAAGAUAUGGAUAUUUCAGUUACUCAAACACUACCACAACAUAUCUUGUCAAAGAGAAGAAUUAUUUGCAAUGAAGUUGACUUAUCUAUGACACAAGCCAUACCUUCAAACAUACUAAAUAAAAAUAAGACUGUUCUGUAUGACAACAAUAUGGAUGUAUCUAUCACUCAAACAAUUCCACAGAGUGUCUUCAUAGCCCAGAUAGAAAAACAGACGACUCUUUCUACCAAUGAGGCCACAAAAAAUGAAACACAACCAGCACAAAUACUUCCCAGAAUUGAAAGUGCACUUUUACGGGAAUGUCAAUCUACAAUGCAAAAUGUAAACAAUUUACAUGGAGAAGCUAAAAGAGAAAUUUGUGUUACCCAAUCUGAGAGUAACAUCACAGAAACUAAAAUGGUAGAAUUAACUGGCAUGGUAUUGCCAGAAAAUUUGGUAGAAAAUAUGGAUACAUCGGAUAAUAUCCCUUCUCAACAUACGGACUUCAAUAUGUCAGUAGAUGAUGUUAAAAUAGAAGAGAAACAGUUUCAAAGUGAAUUUAGUAAUACAUCUAUUUAUGAGACAGAUAAACCUGAUUACGGCAAUCUUUCACUUAAUAAACCUAUACCAAGUAGUAUCCUAACUCUAGAACAGAAUUUGGAAAAUAAGCAGAGAAAAUCACAACAUUAUCACGAAUCUCUAAGUGGCAACCAAGCUUUCGUUUAUCAAUCUAUAACAAAUGUAAAAAUUUCUGAUCAAGAAGGGAAUGUACGUUCAAAAAUACUUACAGAGAAGCCAUCGAGAGAGUCUAUUAAAGAAAAUUUAUAUUUCAUUCAGUCUGAGAAUAACUUACAACAAACAGAAUUACGUGAACCUUUAGAUUUUGCCGAGUCCAUUGAUAGAGUUAAACAAAUAGAAGAAAUAAAAUCAGAUUUUGAAAAGCCAAGCCAAGCUUGUGUUACUGGAUCAAUUUCAUCUCAAAUUUCAACAAAAACUAAGAAAUCAAUAUUAAACGAAUUACUAGACAUGUCGACGGGAUCGGAAGAGUGCUUUGAUGACAAAAAUAUCAAGGCCGUUAUAGAAAGUAGAAGUGACGACAUGAAAGUCGUUAAAGAUGUACAAGAAGACAUGAAUGUUGCUGAAAUAAGAUCAAGUGAUGUAUUCAGAAUAACAAGAAGUAGUUUUGAUGAGCCGGAAUUGGAAGAAUAUAGAAAAAGAACAGAAAUUGAAGAGACGCCUUCGAUUAAGUUAGAAGAUAGUGACGUAGAUGAUUUAAAGAACAGAUUGAAAACUUUAAAAACUGUAUCCAAAAAUAGACAUUACGAACAAGUGGUUAGUGAAGAUAUAAAAGAACCAGAUUUGAAUAAAACAAAUACAAGAAAAUCUUUUAAGAAUGCGGACGAUACACGGGAAUUAUUACAGAUGCUCUCUGAGUUCACUGAUCGGCCAUCUCUGCCACCAACUAUUGAAGAAGAUAUGUAUUUAAAAGAAGAGGAAAAGUAUGGAGAGACUCAAACUGAGCCACGAAGAAUUAGUUUUGCUGCUAACAGACGAUCUGUUGUUCUCAGCAAAGAAGAACUUCUUAAUAACAUAUCAAUGGCUCAGGCUGCACUACAGGAAUCGCGUUACCUAGACGAAACUUUUGAUGAAGCGACUGAGAUGUCAAAUGAAACAAUAGAUAUCGAGGACAGGAACCCGAAAUCUUUAAGAAUAAGCAGUGAUGUGGUUAAAGAGCUAAAAUUUGAUGACACAGAAGAUGAUGUAGUUAUUUCGCCGUUGAAGAAAACUGCGUUCGGUGAAACAACUUAUAUGAACGAAAGUAAAGAAAAAUCUAAAGUUAUACCGACUUACGAUGUUACAGAUGGUAUUAAAGAACUAAUGAACGAUUUGGUUAAGCCAAUGGCUGAUGUUCUACCCUUCGAGGCUGGCAAUUUAGAUAGAUCAACGAAAAAAUCACCGUCAACAAUCAGUACACAAAUACAAGCUAAUCUUAUAACUUCAAGUCAAAUUGAUAUAGAUGAUGAACUACAAUCGACUCCAGACUCAGUUGCUGACAUGAGUUCAUCAUUGCUUAACAAAGUUGCUUCUCUGGGUAGUAAAGCGAUAGCCAGCGUCUUCCCAGGACCAAAGUUAGAUGAUGAAAUACCGGAAAAAGCUCAAUCCCCAAGAAAUCGACCAAGUGUGCCAGGCCAUGUGCUUGUGUUCGAUCCCAGAAAUCCAUUAAACAAUGUUAUAUUAUCUACUAGGGAUUACGAAAACGUUCACGCAUACAAUCCUAUACGAUCAACUGAAACCCUUCAUUCUGAACGAGAACAUUCUGUACAAUUAGCUGGCUCUAACGAAGAUAAUGGAAGAGUUGAAACACAAUACAACGUUAACGUUUCUAUCGCAUCAGGCGACGCUGGAUCGCAAAUUAAUAGAAGCAAUACGUCCAUAAAGAGUAAACCACUAUCUAUAGAUCGAUCAGUGGAAAUGAAACUGAAUAUAAGAGAUAAUGAAAUUAACACGGAAAUAGCUAUGAAACCGAAUUCAGAACUUUUAGAAGCACAUUCAUCGCUCACAUUGGUGGACGAUGCGUUAGCACGCAGCACUUUUGAUGUCGACUUAGAUACGCGCACAGAAUCUGAUGCUAAGUCACCGGUUCGGGUUAUAUAUGAAAUGGAUGAGAACGGAUGUCUGUCGGAGAAGCUGGGAUCAGAACCGACGUCAAACGAUGAAGAUGUAGAAGUCGAUCAUCCGAAGAAGCGCAGUCUCAGUCCCUGUGUGCCAAAAACGGAUUUGACCCCAAAGCCGCACAGUAAAAUACAGAAAAUGUCAAAUAGUCCACUACAAAGGCCAAGAACUAGUCCAAAGAAGCCGAUAACCGUUCAGGAGAUUAUGACACAGUUCAAUAUUACUAAGAGUGAACAAAAUGCGAUCGUGAAACAAGUGAAUAAGGCUGUAGAUUUUGAAAUGAGAAGCGUGACGUCAUACGAUAGUAGCCAAAGUGCAAAGUCAGAGCGGGAAUUUAGCAGUGACUCGUCGAGGGUAGACUUCAGAUGUAUUAGUGAACAAAGCUCGAAGAAUAUGUUCGAUCAGUGCGAAUCCAGUACCAACGUUGUCGCAAAGAUUGAUAUGUUGCCGUUUAUGGGAAGCCGUGACUGUGAGUGGGAGUCCACUUCCGGUGACACAUGGACCUUCCUGUUGCUUCGAUCGCGUGUCAGAGUGACUGUCAAACGAGAACAUAGCUAUUUCAACGCGUCGAGAACGAGUGUCCGAGCCGAUACACCGGUUAUGGCUGUAAAUGUCGAUAUGGUUCAUAACGAUGAGAAAGACGAACUUAUCGCCCUCUGCCUACGUUUAGCGACGCAAUCCAUGCGUUACCAGUGUUCCCGUGAGUGUACGACAGCGGGCCAAGUACCAACUAUGCUGAAGCGUUGCGUGUCUGUGUCCAAAACUGCUGUUCAGUGGUUGAAAGCCAUGCGAGACGCUAUGCUAAGGCUGGCCUUCCAGGUGGACAGGGACGGGUGUCUCACUUUGAAGGUGGCAAAUGUACGGCUCCGUUCCGUGUGGGAGGUGUCUAUGCGUAUAGAGCUAACAGUGGAAGACGCACACGAGAGUGCAUGGCCAUGUGCCAAUUCCAUUGGCAUUUCGACGAUCGUCGCCGAUGUGGAUGUGGCCGCUGAUUCCCUGAACGGUUUAAUUAAGAAUGUGCCUCAUGAUUGGGGACAUGUCCCGAGGACCAUUUGGAAGCUCUUUAAGUACCUCAAAAAUAAGCCGCGUGAUGAUGACUUCUACGGGAUUAAUAUAUUAAAUAUGGUUAAAUAGUUUUAUUUCCGCUUUUUAUAAUCUGUGAUUUAUGAACGAAGACUGAAUGUUCAUUACGUACCUAACCUACAUUAGCUCAAUUAUAAUGACAAUAGCGUUUAUCUGUGCAACUCAAUGUCAAACAUUUUAUUUAGUGUGACAGCUGACAGUUGACAAGCCGUCGCAGUUUAACAAAUGGCAGGAACAGAUUAUGAAAUCUUUAAACAAAACAAUUGAUUGACUCGCAAUGGAAAUAAAUUUUGAAUUAGACAAUUUAAGUUUUAGUUUAUUUAUUAAAUAAAUAUUUAGAUACGAAGCGUAAACUUUGACUUGCGUAUGUUGAAUUGCUGUCAUUGUUGACUUACUGAAGUGGGAAUUUGUUUCGGAAUCCUUCGAAAGACUCGGUAAAUACUAGGACUGUACUAUGUCAAGAUGUUUUGGCAUAUGGAAGCGUUACUUGGCGCGAAAACCAUUCUAAAUCAUUUAUAAUUUUGAAUUUGAUACUUUAAAAAAAUCAAUAAGUUGAGUUGUUUCAGUUUAUAUUGUACAAAAACAAACGCUGAAAAAUUUCCCAAUGUAUACAUUACGGUAAUAUAAGUUGAAACUGCAAAAUGUCGAAUGAAUGCUCGAAUUUUUAAUCCGUGCUUUUCAGCAGCGCAAAUUAAAUUUUCAAUCUAAUUUUUUCUCAAUGAUUUUUAGACGUCAGUAUUUUUAUAUUUCGAAAAGAAAUCUAAAAAAGGCGUUUUAAAAAUAUCAAAAUGUAUUGUAUAAUUUUAGUUUAAAGGAUUUCCAA